AAUGCACGUGCUGUGGAAGUGUGCCUUCUCUGCAUUUCAACACUUCCAAAGCUUCCCGGCUACCGUGGCUCUAGGCAGCCGCUGCUUCACUCCCAUCUGGAUCCUAGUCUGCAUCGUUCGCAUCGAUCCCACAACCCUCACUCUCUGCCUGCCCUUUCUGCCCCAAAACAUCUCCAGUCUUUGGAUCUUACUCUAUUCAACAAAUUCCUGAUAAGAACGAGGAUAGCCAACCUGGAUAAUCCAUUACCCUCUCUACACUCGGCGGCCAAACUCUUAACUUUUCUCUCCACAUUGGCGCCUAUCGUGUCCAAAAGCUUUAGUUUUUCUUCUGCCACACCACAUUCCUUGAAGAUGGCAGCGACAGCAUUUUCUGGCUUGCAAGUUGCAAUGUCUACAACCUGUUUCUGUUCAUUACAUAGAUUUGCAGAUGCAGGCGCUGUGGUUCUUGGUAGCAAGUCCAAGGUAGGAUCAUGGAAUAAACUUUCAAGUGCACGUCAGAUUGCAUCAUUGCAACCUUUCCAGCAGAGCUUCACAUCGUCUUCCAUAAGAUUUGACAAGAUAUUUACAAGGGCAGUGGCUGAGUCUAGUGAAAACAAACCAGUUUCAGGAUUGCCAAUUGAUUUGAAAGGUAAAAGGGCUUUUAUUGCUGGUGUGGCUGAUGACAAUGGAUACGGCUGGGCAAUUGCAAAAUCCCUUGCUGCAGCUGGAGCUGAAAUUCUUGUAGGCACAUGGGUACCUGCUUUGAACAUUUUCGAGUCUAGCUUGCGACGUGGAAAAUUUGAUGACUCACGCUUAUUACCAGAUGGUUCGUUGAUGGAGAUCACUAAAGUUUAUCCCUUAGAUGCAGUUUUUGACAACACUGAGGAUGUACCAGAAGAUAUAAAAUCAAACAAGCGUUAUGCUGGAUCCUCUAAUUGGACUGUUCAGGAAGUUGCUGAAUCUGUUAAAAAAGACUUUGGCAGUAUAGACGUCCUUGUGCACUCACUUGCCAACGGACCUGAGGUGAGCAAACCAUUACUGGAGACAUCUCGGAAGGGAUAUCUUGCUGCAUUAUCUGCAUCUAGCUACUCUUAUGUCUCUCUACUCAAGCAUUUCCUUCCUAUUAUUAACCCAGGUGGAUCUUCAAUCUCUCUUACGUACAUUGCUUCAGAGAGGAUUAUUCCUGGAUAUGGUGGGGGUAUGAGUUCUGCAAAAGCUGCAUUGGAAAGUGAUACACGAGUGCUUGCUUUUGAGGCGGGUAGAAAGCACAAAAUCAGAGUCAAUACUAUAUCUGCUGGUCCUCUGAGAAGUCGUGCUGCCAAAGCAAUUGGAUUCAUUGACAUGAUGAUUGAUUACUCAAUAGCGAAUGCGCCGCUACAGAAAGAACUAUCAGCAGAGGAGGUGGGCAACACAGCUGCCUUUCUAGCAUCCCCCUUGGCAUCUGCCAUUACUGGUGCUGUCAUAUAUGUGGACAAUGGCCUCAAUGCUAUGGGCGUUGGAGUUGACAGUCCCAUUUUUAAAGACUUGGACAUUCCCAGGCACCAACAUUAAGUACCUCGAUGAGGAAUCCAAAUGUUGCGCUUUCGUAGGCUACUUUGUUAUUCUUCCCCUACAAGACAUUUUAUUGGCUAAAAGUAAAGUUUUAGCUGCUGUUCAGUUUUCA